AUGCCAUUAACACAGGCAACUCUGGCACCACCUGCAACUGGAAAGAUGGUAAAAGGCCUAGCAAUGUGCUAUACUGUAAUUUUCGUCACUUUCUACUCAGCUGCUAUCUCUGGUUACUGGGCAUUCGGAAACAAAGCUUAUUCAAACAUUCUCAAGAACCUGAUGCCAGAUGAUAGACCUUCCUUAGCCCCAACUGUAGUUGUUGGCCUUGCAGUUGUCUUUGUCCUCUUACAGCUCUUUGCAAUUGGCCUGGUUUAUUCUCAAGUGGCUUAUGAGAUCAUGGAAAAGCAGUCGGCUGAUGUGAAUCAGGGGAUGUUUUCUAAAAGGAACCUCAUUCCUAGAUUAAUCCUCCGAACACUCUACAUGAUUUUCUGUGGAUUUGUGGCAGCAAUGCUUCCUUUCUUCGGAGACAUAAACGGCGUGGUAGGGGCUAUUGGCUUCAUCCCUCUAGAUUUUGUUCUCCCUAUGCUUCUCUACAACAUGACCUGCAGGCCUCCAAAAUCAUCCUGCACCUACUGGAUCAACGUUUUCAUCAUCAUUGCAUUUACAGGUGUGGGAAUCAUGGGCUCUUUCUCUUCUAUUAGGAACUUAGUUCUUGAUGCCAACAAUUUCAAGCUCUUUAGUAGUAAGGUAGUUGAUUAAGGAUAUGCAGGUCGAGAACAAGUAGCAGAACCUGCUCUGAAAAUGAACAGAGCAUAUGUAGUCUCUUCGGAUAUAGGAAGUGAACCAACCAACUAACAAUGUACUAUUAGUGUGAAUAAAAACUUUGUUGCAUUUUCCACACAGACUGUUACCAUAAAGCAACUAAGAAACUUACCCUGUUAUU